UAAUACUUGCUUCAGAGACAGUGUUCUGUGCAACCGUCGGCAUUUACCUUUUACUUCAACAUGAAACAUAUCAUGAAGCAUUUCUCCUCUGCAUCUGCUUGCCCAAAAAGCGAUCACUCUUCAAAACAUUCAAGUAGCUUUUCCUCAUCCCAUCUUGGAGGAUCCAGUUUCUCUCAACAUGGAGGAUUCCAAAUGUCCACUGGAGGGUCUUUACACAAAUCCCAGAAUGGGGGAUCCAAUUUGUCCUACCAUGGAGGUUCCACCAUGACUCAGCACGGAGGGUCACAGCUCUCCUGCCAUGGAGGCUCUCAUUUAUCCAACCAUGGAAGUUCCCAAAUGACUCACAAUAGAGGGUCACAUAUGUCCCUCUAUGGAGGCUCCCGAAUGUCCCACCAUGCAGGGUCUCAUAAAUCCAAUUAUGGAGGCUCAAACAUGUCUCACCUUGGAGGCUCCCAUAUGUCCAAACAUGGAAGUGCCCUUCAAGGCAGCUCUCAUCUAUCUGCUCAUGGAGGCUCCUAUCAUGGAGGCUCCAGUAAGACCUCUUGUGGCACUCACAGUAUUCAUGGUGGAUCAGGCUCUAAAGGGGUUUCCUUUUCUAAAAAUGCUUCCAUCAGUCAUGGGGGAUCACAUAGCAGCCAUUUUAGCAGCUCUGGAGGCCAUGGUGGUUGGAAGAAAAGUGGUCUGCUAAGCAUCAAUGAGAAAGAAACCAUGCAAUUUUUGAAUGAAAGACUAUCUACCUACCUAGAUAAAGUGACCUCUCUUGAACAGGAAAAUGCCCAGCUGGAGAGGAAGAUAUGUGAGUGGUAUGCAAACAAUGCGCCCAGCUCAUUACCCGACUCAAGCCAGUAUCUCAGGAUAAUUUCUGAUCUCCAGAAUCAGGUAAGAACAUAUUAUUUAUUUCAACUUUAAAAGAGUUCCAUUGUAGAAAAUAAAUUAUACUAGGUGAUCAAAGUUCCAUGUAUGCAAUGAGUUUUUGCGACUAUAUAGAUUACCUGCAAGACUUAAUGUAAAAAUAGUCAAUGUUCAUUUAUGCUUGCAUAUUUUAUAAUAUGUAUCAUAUGUUACCUUGAAAAAUAAUAAAAUAUUAAAGUUCUGUAGAAUAAUAAAUGCUUUGAGUUCUACAGUAAGAUAUGUCUUCUAGAUCUCAAGUGCCACCAUGGAUAACGCCAGGAUUCUUCUCCAAAUAGACAAUGCCAGACUGGCUGCCGAUGACUUCAAGAACAAGUAAGUAUAAUAACAUACCAUAAGACCAAUUCAUCACCUGUUGGCAAUGCAUAGUUAUUUUUCCAUUUUCAGCUCCAUGUUAUAACCUGAAUGGCAUCAAAUAGAAUCUUGUAUUUUUGUAAUGUAUUUCUGUAGGUUUGAAAUGGAACGUCAGCUAAGUAAUGGCACUGAGUCAGAUGCCAAUUGCUUGCGCAGAGUAUUGGAAGGACUGAAUCGGGAGAGAUGUGAACUAGAAAUGGAAGUUCAGAACCUUCAGGAAGAACUUCAGCAGAUGAAGAGAAACCAUGAGGAGGUAGUGUACAGAAAGAGGUUCUGCUUUAGACUAAAAAUAUGACAGUCUUUUGUCACACUAACACUGCAAGUUCCCAUAUUUGAAGCUUCCAUUUGAGUCAAGGAAUGUAUUUCUUCUUUUUGGUGGAAGGGUUAGCUAAUUUAUAGUAAGGACAUGUCACACUAUGUUUCAAACAAUCCACCUGUAUACAUUUUAACCCAAUCUACAAUAUUCAACCCCAUGCAGGAGGUGAACUGUCUCCGUGCACAGCUGGGAGCCAGAGUCAAUGUUGAGUUAAAUGCUGCCCCAUCAAUCGAUCUGAACAGGGCAUUGUCAGAAAUUCGAGACCAGUAUGAAAAUCUAAUGCAAAAUAACCUGAGAGAAACUGAAAACAUGUUCAUUCAGAGGGUAUGUAUACUUAUUAUUACUAUUCAAAAAUGUUUUAUAUGUUUCAGCAAAUUAUAUAAUAUCUGAAAGUUAUUUUACCUUGGAGACCUUCUGUUUCUGUGCUUUAUUUAGUAGUUUGAGUGUGGGUCUUAGAAGCCUACCCUACAUUUCUAUUAGUACUGUCCUAUCAAUACUCAUUAAAUGUUCUACUGGACACAUGUCUGAUAAGAAGAAGACCAAUUAUGAAGACAAGUGUUUUAUGAAAAUCCUUGUGUUAUCUAUUUGACAUGAAUGCCUGUUCUGGUCAAGAUGUGGACCUUGAGAGAGUGGUGGAAAGUGAUUGGAUCAAUGUGGUCAUUGCAAUAAUUUAUAGGUCCAUGUGUAAUAAUAGUGAGGGGUGGUAAGACAAUUAUAGUGUAAAAUCAAUCUCCCUUUACAAUGUGGUCAGCUGCUUCUUAUAGCAGCACAUGAUCAAGACAAGAUUCUGGUUGAUAACAAUGGUCUGCAAUUAUCUGAUGUUACUGAUGAAUUUAACAGAAUGUAUGUUUAACACUAUUUGCAUGCUGAAUGUUUAUUGUUCUUACAGAGUGAAGAACUGAACCGGCAGAUUGGGUCUGGGGCCGAGCAGCUGCAAUCUGUACAAACGGAGGUCAUUGAACUGAAGCGUACCCUGCAGACCCUGGAGAUUGAGCUACAGAGUCAGCUGAGCAUGGUAUGUUUACCCAUAACUAAUGUUAUCAAUAUUUCAAAGUUCGCAUGGGACACAAUUAUUAUAGCGUGAUAGGAAGAAUUAAUAUUUAUUGUCAAACACCUAUGAAAAUAUAAUUUAUGCUUCUUUAAAGACAUCAGCUCUGGAAUGCACCUUGGCAGAGACACAAGGAACCUAUGGAUCUCAGAUUGCCCAGUUGCAAAGUAUGAUCGACAGUGUAGAAUCUAAAUUGGCUCAAGUUCGAUCUGACCUGGAGCGACAGAACCAUGAGUACAAGAUUCUCAUGGACCAGAAAACCCAUCUGGAAAUGGAAAUUGCAACCUACAAGCGCCUUCUUGAAGGCCAUGACAUUCAGUAAGUACACUAAUUGUACCUCCAUAAUGGCAAAGGCCUCAGUGAGGGAAGUUGUCUCUUUUUUUUUUACAGUAAUAUUGUAGAAAUUGUAGAAUUAUUAGAAAUUAUUACUUUAUUGUUGUUGUGUAAAAGUAUUUAAAAACAGCAACACCAACCACACACGAAUAACUAUUUUAUUUGCUUUGUCCUAGGGUUUCAGGAAAUCACAAUACAGGUGGAAAACAUGGUAAGUAAUAAAAUACUGUUAUAAAUAUAUGUAAUAUGACUAUAGCUGAAUUGACAAAUUGUCCCAAAUAAGUUAUUUGGUCCCAAAGUUUGAAAUGGAUUUGAAUUCUUAACAAGUGCAUAUUUUCUGAAUAAAUCCCUCUAAUUGCUAAUAAAAUCUGCAAUAUACUACAGCUAACACGUUUUCUAACUUGAAAAUCAAAGCACAGUUACUCAAAGAAAAGAUAAUUAUUGGAGCAGAUAUUCAGACAUCGAGGACAAAUAUUUCCAGAUUACUUUUUAACACUCUAUUUAUAUAUGACUGGUUAUUUAAGAGGAUGGGAAAUGGUUUUCUGCUAAGUACGUUUUGUACAAACCACUUGUGCGUCUAAAUAUAUUGCUCCGAUAUUACAUUGUGUGUAGAGUAACAGUUUCUUUUAAAUAUGUUAAAAAGCAUAUUAGCAGGCAUGCUGUACAUCAUGUGUGCUGAAAAGGUAGAUCCCCUGAUGUUGUAGAACUACAACUCCCAUGAUGCUUUGCAUGCCUUUAGAAUGACAAACUAUCAUGGAAGCUGUAGUUUUAAAGCAUCUGGGGAUGUAAGAAACCCUCUUUGAUUUUUUUUCCCCCCAACUCAGUAAGUUGAUUCUCGAGUCAAAAGACCUUACUACCAAAUAAAUGCCUCUUAGAAAGUUUUUGGGGAGCUAACAUGUUAUUUCAAGGGAUGUUCCAGGCAUUUAAAGUCACUUUUAUUUUUUUUAAGUUCAUGAUAAAAAUAUUUACUUGCGUUCAAUAUGCCUUCCAGUCUGCAUCCUCAGGUUCUGGUUAAAUACAUUUAAGAGGGAAGUGAGGGAAACUGAUCUGAAAUAUUAUCGCUACCAUUAUCACUUUAACAAUACCCUGUCUGCAGACCUAUGUGAUAUUAUAGGAAUACAUAGAAGACUAGAGGAGGGGUCGGCAACUGUCGGCACUCCAGAUUUUGUUGACUACAUAUCCCAUAAUGCUUUGACAGCUAUAGUUCUGGGAGAACACCAGGGGUGAUGUAGUCCAUGACAUCUGGAGUGCCGAAGGUUGCCAACCCCUGCUCUAGUCUUCUAUGUAUUCCUAUAAUAUCACAUAGGUCUGCAGACAGGGUAUUGUUAAAGUGAUAAUGGUAGCGAUAAUAUUUCAGAUUUUAAAAUUUAAGGCCUCAAUAGAUGAAGUAGAAGCACAGCUGACUUGAAGAAUGUUUCCAGUUCCAGCUCCUGAGGUCUUACAUUGGAAAUUCACGUUAAAUUCCCAACAAAUCUCACUUUUAUUUCAAAUCACUGUCAGGGUUAUCUUCUAAAUUUAAAAUUCAAAGUGAAUUCAAAGUGAAUUUCACAUUAAAGUUCAAUCUGAUAAAAUAGUCAACAAAUUUGAAAUUCACUUUUAAUUAACCUUGAAUUAUCACUUUCAUAAAAAGCCCUAUGAGUAACUCUGCUUAAAAGAACACUAUAGGGUCAGAAACAAACAUGUAUUUCUAUAGUGAUUGUAGCCAUAUUAGUCCAGUGAUGCAGAUGUAACAUCUGACCCUAUAGUGUUAAAAACACCAUUUAGCUCCCCCCUCUGCCCCCUGGCUCCAGUUUCUCCCCUAAAUAUAGUAAACUGUUACCUUUAUUCCAGUCUGCUGCUGCUGGCUCUGCCUCUGAUCUGCCUGCUUGGCUAACAUCAUCUGAAGUGUUGUUCAAAGCUAAUCGCAAUGCUUUCCAAGGAAAGCAUUGGAUUGGCUGAGAGUGUCAAGGAGGCCAAUCAGGGGGUAGAACCAGCACAAGCCAAACACAGCCCUGGCCAAUCAGCAUCUCCUCAUAGAAAUUCACUGAAUGAGGUAAGUUCAGUUUAUCAAUGCACUGUAUGCCCCCAGGAAGCAGCUCUAGUAGCCAUAUGAAGAGUGGCCAGUGGAGGUAUCCCUAGGCUGUAAUGUAAACACUGCAUUUUACUGCAAAAAGCCUGAAUGGAAUGAUUCUGCUCACCAGAACAAAUACAAUAAGCUGUGGUUGUUAUAGUCACUUUAGUGUCCCUUUAAUAAUAUAACAAUGUCUUUACUUUCAAGGAUCUCACGUUACAAUGGCUCACAGCACUGAACAUGAUAACAAGUGUUAAAACAGAGAAACAAAACUAUUGGCAAUAAUAAAGAAAAAAAGAAGACAAAUAUUUACUCUACAAUCUUCUAUAUCUUCAAUUGGAAUGUUCACUGCUUUAUCUAUGCUUAAACAAACUAUGCUUGCAUCUCCUUAAAAACAAAACUUUAAGAAAGAUAUCACGUAAGUGAAUAAUUCAAUGGUUUGUGGGAACAAUAUGUACUGUAUACUUCACUGAAGUAUUCUCAUCAAUUCCAAUCUUUCCGGUACCUUCAUGAGAUCUUUGUAGAUAACACACAAGCUCAGAUUCUUUUAUAUAUAUAUAUUAGUUUAAAACUAUACUUUAAUCUAGUGAAACUAUCAUCAAUGUAGUUUCAAAUGUGGUUUUAAAAUAUGUCUGGGUUUUUCGCGAGAAAGUUAUGACAUUUAAUUUUUUUAAACAUUUUAAACUAAGGUUUCUUUAAGUUACUGAUAUAUAUACGGGAAAUAGUGGGUCAGAUAAACUUACUAUGCUAAGAAAAUCCAGCCCAAUGAAAAUUUAAUUUUCUUCAGCUGAGAUUAGUAUAAAAUUAGUACAUAUAUUUAAUGAGCACCAUAUCAAAAAAAAUCAGAGGAGGUCCAAAUAAACUAGAAGUAUAUGAUUGCAUUUGAAGUAACUACGAAAUAAAUACUAAAUAUAUAUUAUUAUUAACAACACAGGUCUAGAUUAUUUUAAGAGAGUAACGAUUUAUUCGGCUACCAAAUAACAUUUGCUCCAUUGACGUCUAUGGCAAAAUUGUUAUGAUAAUCUAGCCCAUAAUGUGACAUUUCUGAAGGCAGAUACUUUAAAGAAUAGUAUCACCAACAACCUCUAAAUGUUAAAAAAACAUGGUGAUUUUUAAGAUGACUUUUUGUUUCAUUGACCCGGAAAGGUAUUCUACUUCAAUAUAUAUAAAAGACAGAUUUAACUUACAUUCCAGUUUUUCUAUGUGCCUAAAUGCAUAUAUUUGCAUUGCAUGAUUUUACCUUUUCACAGUUAAAGUUAAAGAAAAAAUUCUAAACACAUUGUAUGCAUUAGUAUAACAAUGUAACAUUGUAUCCCACUAAAUAUUACCAUUAAGAAUUUCAGAAUUUGAGAUUGACCACAGAAUCAUUAAGUGUUCUCAUUUUUACGAUUUCUGGUUCUGUAUAUCACAGAUAAAGGUGGAUUUGGGACUGUUUUGUCAAGCAACUGCAAUUUCUUAUUUAUUUUAUAUUUAAUCUAUUUCUGUACUGCAUAGAACAUUCUCAUAAAUAACAAAUAAACAAAAAAAAAUCAAAAA